AUGGAUCCAGCGCCACCUUUGCCACCGCUUCCCACCGCCAUUGCACCACUCAUCCCUGCCGCCUCCACCACCAACCCGGAUUCUGCCAAUUCUUCUCCACGCUCCCGCCCCGACACCUGGGAUGAGCCACUACCACCUGUCCCUGGCGCCAAGCUCCGCCUCAUGUGUAGCUACGGUGGUCACAUCAUCCCUCGUCCCCACAACAAGUCUCUCUGCUACGUCGGAGGAGACACCCGCAUUGUGCUGAUGGACCGCCGAUCCUCUCUGGUGGACUUCCUCUCCCGGCUCUCCCAUUCCCUCCUCAAUGGCCGCCACUUCACCCUCAAGUACCAGCUCCCGAAUGAAGAACUCGAUUCACUUAUUUCAGUCUCCACUGAUGAAGACUUGGAGAAUAUGAUUGAAGAAUAUGACCGUGCCGCCGCCGCCUCGCCGUUGAAACCCUCCCGUCUUCGCCUCUUUCUCUUCCCUUCGAUGCCGGAAACCGCCACUUCCAUGGGCUCUUUACUCGACGAUGCCAAAUCGGAAACUUGGUUUGUCGAUGCAUUGAACGGUACUGGAUUGCUUCCUAAAGGGCUAUCUGAAUCUGCCGCCAUUGAUAACUUAUUGGAACUUGAUGGUAUUCAAAAGAGCGAUUCAUCUGCAAAUCUAGAUGCCCAAAAUGAGAAUUUGGGAGUUAAUAAACAGGUUCAUUCAAAUUUGCCUGAUUCCCCUCUGGUUGAAACAAGUUCAUCAUUCGGGUCAAGUUCUUCGUCCCCAUCAAUGUCAAAUCUGCCCCCAAUUAAAGUUAGAAUUGAAAAUGGUAAUGCGAGAUUUCAUGAUCAGAUGGUUGGUUUGGACGAACAAUUCUCGCAUGUGAGUAUUGCUCCAAAUGCACCACCACCAACUAAUUCAGUUACUAGUGGUGCAGCCGCUGUGUCUUCGGUUGCUGGGGUGAACACCGGUGAACAUCUUAUUCGGGUCAUUUCGGAUGAUGAAAAAUCAGAUCACAGAGCCCCAACUGGGCUUCGGAAGCCGCCUUUGCCACUGCAGCCGGUGCAACGAAAGCUUGUGGAUAUAUGCAAUUUACCUUCGCCGGAUUCUAAGCAUGCCGGAGGUUACAACUUGCCGUCGCCAGACUCGGUUGCAAGUGAUAGUAGCAUUGCAUCUGCUCCAUCGCUUUCUAAGCACCAUGCAAUUUACCAAGAUGCAACUCAACUUGCUAGCCCGGAAAAUCGAGUUCCUGCCCCAGUGACUGAUCACAGCAAUACCAAUCAAGAUCCCCCACCUCAGUAUCCCAUUCAGCAACUUUCUGAUUCCAUGUCAAUCCCAACUCUACAUCAGAAUCAACAACAGUUUAUUCACCCCGGCACACAUUACAUCCCACAUCCCGCUGGAAAUCCACAGCCUUUUUCGUCAUACUAUCCAAUGUAUUUUCCCCAAACACAGCAGCCACUUCAAACUGAUCCACAGUAUCCCAUUCCCAUGUACUUAUUUCCCGUUAAUCAAUCUCAGCCUUAUAUUAUGAGUGGAGUCUUACCAUCUAAUAUUGCUGAUUCUACUAUUGUUUCCUCGAGUCGACCAUUAACACCUCCUCCUGUUGCAACUUACAAUGAAACCAUCCCAUCUGCCUAUCCAACAACACCAGCAGAAACUACCAUUUCAAAACCUGAAAUGGGUUCGAGUAUUUAUAGAACAAUGGCCACAGGCGGUCCAAUGAUAUUUCAAGUUCCGUCCCAUCAAUUUCAUCAACAGUACGUCGGUCUUCCUCAAAUUCCAACUUCCUUACAGUCCACUGUUACUGCUGCUCCCGCCACUGCUAAUUACGGGUCUGAAUAUUCUCAUCCAACGAACGACCAGGUAUACUAUGCUCAACAUCCGGCGCCUUCUCAAUACCAUACUAUGACUCCGGCUACUGCAGUAAUGUUAUCACAGGUUUCGACUCAGGUUCCUAGAGACGAUACUGCAAAUCAAAUCAGAAGCUGA